UGUGCCUCAGUUUCCCAUCUCAAAAAGGGGGCUAAUGCUACAGACCUCCUUUGUAAAGUGCUUUGAGAUCUACUGAUUGAACAUGUUAGAUAAGAGAUAGGGCUUUUUAUUAUCUUAUGAUAUAGGGUGCUUUUCUGAAAGCGCCCACUGCUGGAGUCAAGUGAUUUAUUUGAGAAUCUCUGCUCUUUAUUUUAUUUUAUUUUAUUUUAUUUGUUAGCCAAUUUUAAGCCCUCGUGGUUUCAAAGACAAGCUGGAGAACGUGAAUUGAGUGCACCCUAGCGGCUCAGACACCAGAAGGCAAAUGAACAGUUCCCCAGAUGAAUGUUUUUUGAAGAUCUCAUUAUUUUGAAGCCAAUCUCAUGAUUUUGAUGGGGCCCAGCUCAAGGUUUUGGAAUGCUUGGGCUGGCGAUACCGUGAACAUUUUUCUGCACUCGUAGCACUAGAUAAUCACUUCAGGACUGCUUCUCACUUCAGGCUGGUAGAUUCUGCCUCAGUCACAGGGGUUUUAUGAGUUCCCACAAGUAGGGAAAAAAUGUACCUUGCCUAGAGGCUUGAGAGUCAUAGAGCUCGGAAAAGACCCAGGGUUUUCCUGGGAAACCUGAUGCCCUCUCUCCUGCCUUAUUCUGAGCUCAGCAGCUCAGCCCCCUUGGGCAGUUGCCCCAGCCUAUCUCCUGAUCUAAGUACAGCAUUGACACCUCACAGGCUAGAGGGAGAUUGCAGGAGGGCAGCCCCAUUGUGACCUAGAGACGACAUCAGCGCCUGCCUGAUGCCAGAGCAGCAACCUGCCCUCAGGUGUAGUCUGGGUACUUGUUGCUGGAUUGAGAGUGUCUGUUUUUCUUAGUUCCUGAGCCCGGGGAAAUGAGUUCACUCCUCCUCUAUCUCAACUCUGCCUCCUGCCUAACGAUCCUGAAAUUCACGCUGCUCUGUCUUGUCUGUUAUGCUGUGAUAAGGCUCGCCAGAUCUGAGGCUUCUCCGAGGAAGAGGAGGCACAGAGAGAAAAAGAAGAAACCGAAAGCUUUUGGAUGCUGUGAGGAAGAGUUGGAGGAGGCUUGUGCAUCCCUAGAGACAUGCUGCCCUGUGCCCCUGGAGAAGUUUCCCUUGGCUCAGAGCCUCAGGCUCCUUGAGAGGAGGCUACAGUACGUGGCCAGACACCUGGAUGAAGUUCUGAUACUGCCGAGUGUGUCGACAUCUGCGAUGAGCCAGUUCUCCUAUUCCUCUAUGGAAUCCACCACCUCUUCCCUCUGGAGUCCCAGCUCCUUUUCCCUGACAAAAGCCUCCGUGACUGGGGCAGAGCCCCUCUGCCACACAAGGGAUAGCAUGCCUGUCGCGAGCUGGGAAGGAUCCACUCAUCCCAUCCAAGCCCAGCCUCUCCCCAGGCCUCCUGCCCACAGCAGACGAGACCGGCGAGAGCAGACCAUAGGUCUGGACCAGACAUCAGCCCAGGGCUCAGAUUUCAAUAUCCAACAGAAGUAUCUGCAGAGCCAACUGGGGGCUCCACAAACCCCCAUCCCGGGGGAGUCAUUGCUGAGUGAGUGGGACACCAAGCAGCAAUUGGAAUUAGACACAGAUCCGCCCAAUGUGGAUUUCCAGCAGAGGUCCCAAAGCCCCUGAGAUGCAACACCAGCCCUCAGCGUGCACAGGAGAUCCAGGAGCCAUGUGUCUGCCCCUCAGGAUCCACACCCCAAAAGGCCCACAGGAUCAUCCCCUGAUGCUAUCCUGGCCAGGCUUGUGCCCAUGGCGGUGGUCAAGCUGCAGAAUCACGUGGCUCAGAAAUGCUCAGAGAUCCAAAUGAAGGCGUUUCCUAAGAUGGUGUGAGAGUCGCACAGAGAUGCUCCCCUCCUGAGAGAGACUGCCCUGCCUGGGCCACUCUGCCCCCCUAGGGAGCCAGGCAAGCACAGGACAGCGGCAUUCUCAAUGAUGGGACAAUAGCCUGCCCACCCCAUCGAACUCUACAUAAGGCGUCAUCAUCUCGUCAUGCAGAGGGGGCUGCUCACCCUGGACCCAGAGCCCUCAGCAAAGCUGCCUCACACCGUCCAAGUCAGGGGAGCCAGUGUGGAGUUCAGUGAGAUGGAGACCAAUUUCCUGCAGACAUGGAGGCAAAGCACAAGCUCCUCUUCCUCCACACGUCCUCCAACGCCAGUGGAAGAUACUACCAUGGAGACGGGCAAGAACGAUGGCGUGGCAGGAAACCAGAUUAACCCAGAUCGCUGCACUCUGCCAGCAAGGGUGGAUCUGACAUCGCCACCUCCAGGAACCACAAUAACAGAGAAGACACUCACAGCAACACUCCACCUUUAUAGGAGUGAGUUGAGAAAGCCCCUUACUAGUUUGAGUGGCACCAAAGGGACUGAAGAGAAGCUGGAGCUGCACAUGGAGAGGAAGGUUAUCUUGGGAGAAGGCUCCUGCCUGGGGCCAGGGGCACAGGAAGGUGA